AUGAACUCAACUGAAAUCACGAAAGCUGCAGAUCACUUUGGCAUGGAGAUGCUGUGGAAGUUGGAGCAGAAUAAUGUGAACACAAAAUCCGAUCUGAUGGUGCUUUUUGUGCAUUGGUACUUGAUGAAGAAUGGAUUUCGCAACGUUGGUGUUGGUGAUGAUAAAUCACUUAAUAGCAGUGUUGAGCAAAGCGAACUGUUGCCGGAAGGUUGGAACGCAAACAGUGCAUCUUACGCACUGCGCUACACGAUCAACGAUGAGCUGUACAACCUGCACGGCACACUUUCAAAUGGAAAGAUGAUUAUUAAUCUGCUGCACGCGAAGAAUCUGCGUGUUUCGAUCGUUGUCUUCAAUCUGGACACUGCCGUUCAAUCGAUCCGGGGCAGUAAAAUGAAGGAUCUAAUUGACAAAAUCGAUGAGCAAAUUGACCGGCUGGAUAACGAACUUCUGAAACCGAUACAAAGUGAACAACCGAAAACUUCUAGCGCACCACCGAUUGAUCCAUCAUGGCUAAACAGAUUUAUUCGUAAUCCCGGCAAUAAUCCAGUGCGCAGUGAACUAGGCAGCAGACUGCAGUUUCCAGUGUACGGAGUCGGUAGUGCUGAUCGCGAUCCGUUGGGAGGUCUUGGUGGUGGUAUGCUGAUGGAUCCGCUACGUCCCGGAAGACCCAAUUUUCUACCCCGACCGCGUAUUGAUCCGAUGGGACCGAACAAUCGUAUCAAUCAAUUCCCGAACCCGGAUCAUCUUCCUCCGCCAGGGUACGAUGACAUGUUUAUGUAA